AUGGCCGGAUCCGUAGAUCAAACGACGGCCAAGGCCUACUCUGCCCGACACUUUAUGAAUCUUGGCCUCCGUUAUGCCAGAUUUCCCAACUGGAAGCACUACAAAGAGAGUAGAUCUAUUGAGCGAUUCAAACAACACUUUGGUAUGAAACCAGAAACUGUUGCUGAUUGUUGGUUACUCCUACGAGAAAGCAAUGACCCUGACAUUAGACUUGAAAAGAAAGCUAAACCAAAGCAUCUUCUCAUUGCUAUCAGACACCUUUUCAAGUAUCAUACUGAGGCAGAUCUUGCCUCAUUUUUCAACAUCAAAACAGAGAAAACUGUGCGAAAAUGGGCCAAGCUCUAUGUCAAAAGAAUCUCUCGGCUGUUGCCAGAUUUGAUUGGAACUUUACACGACAACCACGAAGGUCUUAUCUUGUUCAUGUCAAUUGAUGGAGUACACUGCCCCAUCGAAGAGCCAAGACCUUGGUCCAAAAAGUGGAGCAGUCACAAGUUUGGGGGAAAGCCUGCCCUCAACUAUGAAUUUGGUGUGCUGACACACAAACCACAACUUGGGUGGAUCCACGGGCCAACAAAACCUGGGGAGAUGAAUGAUUUGGUUGUCUUUCGAGACAAGCUAAAAGGAGAGCUUCCAGCCGAUACUCGAGUGCUUGCAGAUGAUAUCUAUCAAUCGGAGAGGGAGUAUGUCAGCACAAAGAAUGAUCUGGACCCAAAACCAAUCUCUAAGUUUAAAGAUCGAGUGCUGUCUCGUCAUGAGAAUUUCAAUCAACGAGUGAAAUGCUUUGGCAUCUUGAAGCACAAGUUUCGACACCGAGGCUUUCCAUCCGAGGAAAUGCUGUUGGAGCACCAUCGGCAAGCAACACAUGCUGUUUGCGCCCUUGUUCAGUUACAGCUGAACAAUGGGACGCAACGGCUUCUAGAUCCAUAUCCUCCAUUGUAA